AAAGCUUUCUGGCUGAGGAGAGAGAGUCGGGUUGGAGGAGCCAUGCCGGUGAUGAAAGGGCUGCUCGCUCCGCAGAACACUUUCCUGGAUACCAUCGCUACGAGAUUCGACGGGACGCACAGUAACUUUUUGCUGGCCAACGCUCAGGUGCAUCGCGGCUUCCCCAUCGUUUACUGUUCCGAUGGAUUUUGUGACCUGACCGGGUUCGGACGGACCGAGGUUAUGCAAAAGAACUGUAGCUGUCGUUUUCUUUACGGACCAGAGACCAGCGAGGCCGUGCUGCAAAACAUCGAGAGGGUCCUGGAUGAGAAGCAGGAGUACCAGGCAGAGGUGUGCUUCUACAAAAAAGAUGAGGAUCUCUUUUGGUGCCUGCUGGACAUCGUACCCAUCAAAAAUGAGAAAGGAGAGGUGGUCUUGUUCCUUUUCUCCUUUAAGGACAUCACUGAGCACAGAAUGAGGGUUCAGCAUAGCGAUAAGAAAGAUGAGAAGCAGAAGAGCAGACGUUCAGGUAACUCACACUUUGGUUCAGUGAGAAGACAGAGCAGGACGAUGCUGUGCCACCUGACAGGCCAAGUAGCCGGCAGAGACAAGAGUGACCUUAAACUCAACAGCAACCUUUUAGACAACAAACCUACGCUCCCUGAAUACAAAGUAGCGUCUGUCCAGAAACCCCGCUUCAUCCUUCUUCACUACAGUAUAUUCAAGGCUCUUUGGGACUGGCUUAUCCUCUUAGCCACCUUUUACGUCGCCGUCACCGUUCCUUACAACGUUUGCUUUACGAGCCACGACGACAGCGUCUCUGCAGCACGCAGCACUAUCGUCAGUGACAUCGCAGUGGAAAUGCUUUUCAUUUUAGAUAUAAUUCUGAAUUUUCGGACCACGUACGUCAGUCAGUCAGGGCAGGUUGUGUAUGAACCUCGCUCGAUCUGCAUCCACUACCUCGCCACCUGGUUUUUCGUGGACCUCAUAGCCGCAUUGCCCUUCGAUCUCCUCUAUGCAUUCAAUGUCACGGUGACGUCUCUGGUCCAUCUGCUGAAGACGGUUCGUUUGUUGAGACUGUUGAGGCUGCUGCAGAAGCUGGACCGAUAUUCCCAGUACAGCGCCAUGGUACUUACCCUCCUGAUGUCCAUGUUCGCUCUCCUCGCACAUUGGAUGGCCUGCGUUUGGUACGUCAUCGGCCGAAAGGAAAUGGAGAGUAAUGACCCCGUGACCUGGGACAUUGGCUGGCUCCAUGAACUCGGUAAAAGACUCGAAGCCCCCUACAUCAAUAACUCUCUGGGUGGUCCUUCCAUUCGUAGCGCUUACAUCGCAUCCCUCUACUUCACGCUGAGCAGCUUGACGAGCGUGGGAUUUGGAAACGUCUGCGCCAAUACGGACGCAGAAAAAAUAUUUUCUAUCUGCACGAUGCUGAUUGGAGCCUUGAUGCAUGCCGUAGUGUUUGGCAACGUGACAGCCAUCAUCCAGCGCAUGUAUUCCCGCCGGUCCCUUUACCACACGCGCAUGAAAGACCUCAAGGAUUUCAUUCGCGUUCACCGUCUCCCACAGCAGCUUAAGCAGCGCAUGUUGGAGUAUUUUCAGACAACGUGGUCCGUCAACAACGGCAUUGAUGCAAAUGAGCUACUGAAAGAUUUCCCGGAUGAGCUACGCGCCGAUAUCGCGAUGCACCUCAACAAGGACAUCUUGCAGCUCCCCGUGUUUGAGACAGCCAGCCGCGGAUGCCUGAGGGCUCUUUCCCUGCACAUCAAGACUUCUUUCUGUGCCCCGGGAGAAUACCUCCUGCGGCAGGGCGAUGCUCUGCAGGCAAACUAUUUUGUGUGCUCAGGGUCACUAGAAGUCCUGAAGGACAACAUGGUGCUAGCCAUUCUUGGCAAAGGCGAUUUAAUCGGUGCCGACAUCUCCAGUAAAGAACAGGUGAUCAAAACAAACGCCGACGUGAAAGCCCUGACCUACUGCGAUCUCCAGUACCUGAGCCUGCGAGGACUCUUAGAGGUGCUGGAACUUUAUCCCGAGUAUUCCAGCAAAUUCAUGGCUGAUAUUCAUCACGACUUGACCUUUAACCUGCGCGAAGGCAGCGAAACGGACGGUUGCUACAGAUUCACGCGAUCGCCUCGUCUCUCACAGCCUCGCUCGGAGUCUGGUACAAUGUCUGAAAAAAAGCUGGCCUCAAUCUUGGAAUCCAACGAUGAGACUGAAGACUUUUUCCGCCACUCUCCUGCAACCAUGACACGCAGGAAACUUAUGUUACCCAACCUCAACAGCCCCGUAAGACGUGGCUCCCUAAGCAGUCUUCUUGGUGAUGAUCUGCGCCAAUUUUCGGCCUUCCGACGGAACUGUCGCUCCCCAGUUCACAGCAGUCGUGGCAGAAGCCCCUCUCCCCAUUGUCAUAAAGAAGAAAAGGAGUCUGAAACAGACAGUGUUGGAUCACGAAAGCCAGCAAAGCUCCUUAUCCCAGCUCUCAACACGUAUGGCCCACCUGACCUUAGCCCAAGGGUUGUCGAUGGAAUCGAGGACAGUGGAGAUGUCUCAGAGAGCCAAACUUUUCAAUUCAACAUAGACAACUCUAGGAUGAGAUCUCCGAUCAAACAGUCUCCUGCAGCAGGAAUAAAUCUGGUUAACCCACUCUUGGCAGCUGAAGCAGAAGAAAUAAAGCAAAACAUUUGUAGAUUAAACCAAGAGAUAAACAAUCUAAACCAGGAAGUGUCGCAGCUCAGCAAAGAACUCCAGCACAUGAUGCAUCUACUUCAAGCUCUGCUGGCUGCCCAGCAGUACAGCCCUGCCCUGCCCUGUCCCUACACCGUCCAGGUGGUCUCCACUCCACCUGGUGCCCACAUGGGUUAUAACGAGCAGCAGCCCAGGCCAGGCUAUCCCAUUUCACAUUCCCUGCAUUUGCUGCAGGAAUCCACAAUACCAAGAACACUUGGCCAUUCACCUAUGGCUUCAGAUGGUACCUACAAUCAAGUUCAUUUACCCAGGGUCUCUCCGGAUACGUGCCCAAGGCCAGCCGAUACAGAAGCCUUCUAUGCUACAAGAGACUGCUGCUACAUUCCCACUAAUACCACAUGUCCACCUGGGACACCCUUCUCACCAGAAGAAGUAGAGAGGGUGAGGCUGAUACAGCCAUCUGAAGACUUGCCUCGUUGCCCCCAGACUGCCAGCUAUGGUUUUCCAGUGUCAGAACCUUCCGGGAUGAGCUGGCAUUCUCAUCCCUUAACCUCUGUGAGUUCCGUUCACGCUUUCAGCACCAUUCCCACAACGAACAGCUCACCUCAGACAUCUUCCAUCAGGGAAGACACAAUGCAGACUUGAGUCAAUGCUCUACUGAUCGCUUUGGGUUAAUGUAUGGCAAGAUGGAGGAGGAACAUUUCCAAAUAAUUAAACCC